GUUCCAGCGGUGCCCGUCCGAAGAGAAGGGAGAAGCGGCUGCUCUCUCAGCCGGACCAGAUAAGUUAUUUCGUUCCCGGGCCUCAAAGGCUAACACACUCGCCGCGCCGUCAAAUGCUCGACUUUCCAGCGUUUUUGCAAUAAUAUCGCGGGUGAUCGGUGCCGGAACUGUGAAAGCUCGCUCGAGCGCUUUGUCCUGGACUUCGAGCCUGGGUCUCGACGCAGAGGCCCAUGCUAGCGCGGUCAAUGUGAUUGUUUUGCACGAUGACUUAGUUCCGAGCUUUAUGGGAGUAAUAAAUAAUCUAUAGGUAUGGAUCGUAUGGUCUACAGAGUCCAUUUGAAAUAAUAAAACACUUUUCGGAAUCUGUCAAACUUGAGGUGUAACAUCCACGGUACAAAGUGCUACAAUGUAACCCGCAGCAAUAAAGCUUCACUAUGGAUGUUCGAUGGUUCGUCUUCUUCACUCACUUCGCUAUCGUCCUGCCUUGUUUUUUCCACCUCACUGCUACUUUCAAACAACAAGGGGGCUGCUAUUUCCCGGAGCGAUGGGAGGGGACGUGGUUCCAGUCGGGGGUCCGUCAGCCCAUCAUCAUAGAAGGGCCACGACUCAGCAGUAAAGGACGAUGUCUGGGAUCGGAGGGCGACAAGUUCUUGGUCGUGGAUGACAAAAGGGCGUGCUACCGUUGCGUCGUGAUUCACGAAAAACACGCAAACGUUCUGCAAUACAAAGAAACGUUCUGCCACAGUCGAGAUUCCCUUCCGACGCUGUGCAGCCUAAUAACAGGGGACGCGUUGCUCUUUUCCAUGUUCAGAGAGAAUGCAGCCCCUGUGCCUUGUCCGUUCCGAGGGCCCUUCACUUUCACCUACAACCGGGGCCACGGCGAGUGCCGCACUCCCGUGUCCAGCAUCGAUACUUGCACCGAAGACAGCAGGCUUUUGCUGAGCUACCAGGCGUGUCCUGAUGUAUACGGCUCGGAAAGCACCGUGGAAGAGCUCCAGUGCCUGGCGGUAUGGAAAGAAGGUAGUUCGAGGUAUUUAGUAGGCAAAGUGCACCACAACCAUGCGACGUCCAACGAGGACCGUUUCAGAUGCUUUGUGUAUGAAAAGGCAUCACCGGCGUCGGAAGCUUUGGAUGGUGUCGAUUAUAGAGUCGCACAAAGCGGAGACGCGACCUGUAAUGGACUCUUCAGUGCCACCGAGGGAAGCAGGACUAUGAUUCUUAAAAGAGCUCCCUCGUUGAAUAAGUGCCGUUUCCCUUCCUGGGUGGUAAAUUAUAUCCACUGGCACACUUUGGAUUACUCGGCAACUUACAAUUUUCAUCAUAGGAACUCCACCCUCAGGAUAACCAAUUCAUCCGGACUCGAAAUGAAAGUCGUCUGUGCCCAGCUGAAACCUUCGUCGAGGGAUGAAAACUCCGUCGUGCUUCUGACACAUUUCACAAUGGGAUGCCAAAGCGGAUUCACUUGUAUGUCGUUCUACAAGCGCGACAAGCACGUCAUGGAGGUCCAGAUAGGCGCGCACACCAAACGACAAGAGGAAGCCUGCAAUCCUGCUUACUUCAACAGGACCAAUUUGCCAUACGUCACGCUAGUCACGACCAGUCCCGAGACGCGGGCCUGUCCCUACACUGGCAAAUUCGAAGUUAGCAACUUGAUCAGAAGCGAGAAUUCCCAUCAACCGGACUCUCGUUAUUACGACAACAACUAUUACGUUAACAAGUUCCCCAGGUCGGUCCGCGGAGACUCCGACCAUAUGAAGCGAAUCAAGAGGCUGGACCAAAAUCUGGACUGUGACAGCAACGGCUUCACCAGUCUCGUUAUCGGCUGCAAUUCCAUCGAUACGAUGGAAUUUCGAGCACAGUGCUCUUCACCAGACAUCAUCACCUCUUACUCGUGCCACGGAGGAUGGAAGGAGAACGGCACCAACUACUUGAUAACGACUCCGCUGAGUCGGGCAUCGCACGGCUCUCGGCGAUACUGCUUCAUCUACAAGGAGUCCACUCCUGAUUUGGUGCUCUUUUCGACAUCUGCCGAUAACUGUGAUCGCAUCGUCAGACCGGGAAUCACCGGAGAGCUGGUUUUUAACGUCACGAGUACCGGCAAGUGCGUCGAAACCAGCAAAUCAGAGCGAACUAAAGCACUCCUACUACUCACCCUCUUCUCUUAUAUUCUAAAAUUUGCCAUCACAGCGCUUAUUCAGAGAUGAUCUACAUAUUCGUAAGUUAGGAAAUUUUCAAAUGAUGAGACUGGAAUUAUUAGGUCCUCGCCGGUCCGAUUUUUGUUGUGAAACGGAAUAUCUUGGUUGUGUUUUGUUGUUAAAUAUGUAAUAAGUAGAAGUGAUUAAAGUUCAAAUUGUACAGCUGCACCCAUCCUCAAUUAUUAUUUUUUGACAACCUUCAGUCGGAUGGGUUUAGUGCCGCUUACGGAGGACUGAAAUAACAGUGGGUAGCAAAACUACUGAAUUUCAUUAAAACUGUUCUGUUUUGACAAAAAUUCUGAAAUGGUCUUUUUUCUUUUUGAAAAGUACUAUAGGUACAUACUUUUUUCUGAGGAGCUACAUCAACGACAUUUUUUUAAAGAAACUUUUAAUUUGUUUAGCCAUUGGGACAUAUCUUUUAUUUUAUUAUUAAAUGUGUGCCACAUACACUAUUUUUUCUAGGACCCCACCGAUUAUAAUAAAGUCUUUUUUUUCAAAAACUAAGAUUUUUUUAAAAUAGUACUACAUUUUGUCUGUGACAAGCGUGCACAAAAUGUAUCUAGAACGGUGCAAUCUUAGACACAAUUUAUACAAAACAUCUUAAAAAUACAAAAGUUACAUCUCACACAUUACACGUUAUGAUUUUCAAUCACCUACUACUGAUUUUUACCGAAUUUUCAUCGUUUCUCUUCCAUUUAUUUCACAAUAAAUUUUAAUGACAUCUGUCAAAGUUAAAAUCCUAAAAGUUAAAAUUGACGUUAAAGAUGUUGCGAUGAAAAAAUUUAAAUUGGUUUUACUUUGGCAUUAAGUUCAAAUUUUGUCACCAUAAUGAUAGAAAAAAAUUUGUAGACCACUCGUUGUUAAUGGAGAAUUAAUAAUCUCUGUUAAAUCCAAUUACUCGCAUCGCUCGUUCGUACUUUAAACAUCAACAAAUUAGCCUAUUAAAUUACUUAAUCAAAUUAGUUUUUGUCAAAACAAAAUAUUUCAUUUUUAAUGCAUUUAUUGCAUAAUUUUGUCACUCACUGUAUAAGGAGAUGUUACAGAACUAAAUAUUAGAAGGUGAAACGAAAUAAUAACUCGAUUUACUGUACUCAAAAAUUUAGUGCAGUAGCUCCAAAUUGUUUACAAUGAAUUUAGACUCUGAUAGACAGGAACGUGAAUCACAUUCUUAAGAUAAAAAAUGUCGACUGACUAAAACUUUCGCAUGAGAAAAAAUUAGCGUCCCGUCCCAUAUUUUUCAAACCACUGGGAAUACGGUUAAGGAGACAAGAAAAAUAUAAGAAAAUGGGAGAGAAUUAAAUUCAAAAAUUCUGCGAGGUCACAUAUUUAUUAUUACCAGUUUAAAAGUUUCAUAUUUGUCAGUGGUUGAGUGACGAGAUAACACUUAAAAACAAUUUGAAACAAAACGGUUGAAAUAAAGAUGAGGUCCAGUAGACAUUUUCGAAGUAAAAUUUGUUCGUCUACUUUCUCCUUUACCGUUUUUUUUGUGUUUACAACCAUAUUCGCAGAUUUUUGUUUGGAAUUGGUAAAAGUUUUUUUAAUACAGUUUUUACAUUAUUUUGCAUUGCAUUUAUUUCUUAUCUUUAUAUCCGGCUCGAAGGACCAUAUGUUUGACUAAGAACUCGGGGUUAAGUUCAAUACUGGUUUGAUACCAUAAAAUAAUUCUAUAACAUCAAAAUUAUCUUACACAGAGGCUUUAAAACAAAGUGAACUGAACUGAAAUAAUAAUUUUUCCAUUUAAAGUUUAAAAAAACUGUUAUUGUUUAGUUGGCGCUUGUUAAGUGACCCAGUUACGACAUUUUGCUGAUCUUUGCCGGUCAGGUACAAAUGCCUGCAUAGGUUACUCAACCCUUGCAACAACCUUAGUGGAAAAAUCUGUAAUUUAAUUUAAAUUUUCGAGAAACAUCAUUGAUAAAUUACUAUAAAAAUGAUAAUUGAAAUAUCAAUGAUAAUUUAAUGCCCUAUAUGCCUGUAAUUUUUCGCGUGCGUUGUAUUCCUUGUUUUUUAAAUACAGCGAGCGACUUUUUUAUACAUAAUUUCAAUAAAAAAAAUUACAUAAUCAGGAUUAUUUACUCAGCUUUCUGUGGUUUACUGUAGCUGUAAAUCCACUUUUUAUUAUCCUGAAUUCUUCUCAUGAUGGUUUCAAAUUAAAAAGAACAAAGUUGAAUUGUCUAAAAUUAUUAUACAUGACUAUCAAAACUGAUGUAAUUAUCUAUUAUUUAUAAUUAUAAUAAAUUAUUUAAUAAUUUAAAUUAUGUGCUGCAAUUUAAUAAGAACUAAAUUGAUUAUUUACAAUAAUUUUGCUUGAGACAUUGUUGAUAUUUGGAGAAGACAAAUGCAAAAUUCUAGCAAUUCACAGACGAAAUUUUAAAGAUUUAAAUUUUGUGAUUGAUUUUUUUAAAUGGAGUUUUCGAUAAACUUUUUGCAUUACCUGUUUCUCUUACCAUUCAGAAUUUAAUGCACCAUUUUCCUGUAAUUUGUUUUUUUUUACCUUGUGAUCGCUAACCGAACUAAUAAGAACGAGAACGUUGUAUAUACAGGUCGUGUCACAUCCUAGUAUUUAGAUAUCCAUAGACAAAACAAAAAAAAGCAAUUUAUUUUACUCUACCUCCUUGUUUCGUCCUCCGUGGCCGCUUUAUGAAAAUGUCUCGAUCUUUACCCACUUCUCCCUUAGAAACGAGUCUCAAGAUACCAUUGUAUAUUGUAAUGUAAUUAAGUAUAUACUUUAAUCUGUGAUUACUGCAAGUAGAACCGAUAGAGAAGUAACCCUCACUUUUAAUCACUUUGAAUCGAAUCGUAAGAUUAGUGUUUUUAAAGGUGUUCCUCUCCGACCUAUUUUAAACUUUGCUUCAAUAGUUUUAGAAUUCUUUUCAAACCCAGACGAAACAAACACAAUUCGGUCGAGAAGAAAAAAAGGACUCAACAUAUCAUUAAUGACGAAUGUGUUUGUUUCCGUCCCGACACCCGGACAAGUAUAGAACAAAAUAGCUGAAAACUGUGAUUGAUUUCAAGGAGUUUUUAAAUGAACGAUAAUAGCAUUUUUAUUCGUGAAAAAUGCUUGCAAUAAAAUACGUAUUUUUGCACUUAACACUUGCUUGUUUAAAAAUAUAUGGAUGGUGAUAUUUUUGGUAACCGGAAGCAAUAUUUAUAUUUUUGUUAGAUUGUAUUCAUGUUUGUAAUUGCGAUUAAUUUUAGACUAUUACGUUUUUACUUUUCCAUGAGCAAUAAUAUAAGAUAGUUUAGUAGAAAUUUGUAUACCUACAUAUUAUACAGCGUUAUAAUUUACCAUUUUAUAAUUACAGUUACGGACAAAUGGUUGUAGUGGGACAGUUAAUGCAACUUUACAUCACUCGUGUAUUUUCAGUCAUCUAUAGGUUUUGCCGUACAAAUAAAUUUUCCUCGAAACGAUUUAAAUUUGGUUUAAGUGUAGUGUCACUUAAUUCAUGUUUCUUCCAAAGUCGCAUAAAAUGUCCCAUCAAUGACGGAACAUAAUUUGUGGUAUGCCACACACCCAUAAAUCAUGUUCGAACGGUCUCGAUAGACUUAAAGCCGAAAUGAUUAAUAUUUCAUACAAAGUUGUGCGAUUUGCAAUCAUUGUAAGAUAUGUAUGUAUAAUUUAUUAACGAAUUUAGUGGAUUAGACUAGUUGAAUAUGUAAAAUAAAAUAGAUUAAAUUGGAACAAACUCUAAGUUAGUACUUGUAGCAAGUAGACUGUUUUACAAAGGCAGAAUAUGUACAGUACGUGAUGACUCGUUUGUAGAGACAAUCAAGGAAUGUAAUUCAUGUUAUAAACCGGGCAAAACUUAUCUCAAUUGCAUCUAAUCUCAAACAAUCGCUAUUUUACGAACAUCCGCCUAAAUUUUGCAAGUCACAGGUGUGCACACUAUUAUACAAACGAGCCAUUUUGUGCUAUAGAAGAAUGGUGCCUUGGAUGUUUUGUUUGAUAAAAAAAAAACAAAAUGUUGAAUAUAUGAACAAAUACAAUUGUUGUAAUAUCUGUACAUUAUCUGAAUAAAACAUGGAAGAGA